UAUAAACAUAAUAAAGACAACAUAUUAUAUAAAAGAAAAGAAAAAACACUACUCUCUUCUUUCUUCAUCCCUUUUCUCUCUUCAUCAAGAAUCUCAAUGGCUACUACUUCUCCUACCACUAAUACAACUCCAAGAUAUGGUCAAAGAGCCACCACAUUUUCAACCCCAAUUUUCACUCUUUCUUCUACUACACCUUCUCAUUCUUCCUUUGAAUCACUCUCUUUAUAUGAUCAAAAGGGAGUGCCAUUUUCUUGGGAACACAUUCCUGGAAUUCCAAAGCAACAAAGUUCAAGAAAAAAUAGCUCUUCUUUAAGUCAACUACUUCCAUUACCACCACCAUCUAGAAAUCCUCCAAAUUCAUCCAAGAAAAUACAAAGGUUACGCGACGAAUUUUCUCCAAGAAAGAGUAGUACCACUAGUGAAGGCUUCAAAAAAGAUCCAUUUUUUGCAGCAUUUGUGGAAUGUUCCAAGGAUCAUCAAGAACAUCAUGAGGAUUUUAGUGACAUGUGGAAGAAUACUACUACAUCAUCUUCAAAGGUAAUGAAUUCAUCAACAAGAAGCUUAAGUGACAAAUUUGGAUUCAUGAACAUGUAUGCAUCUUGUAAAAGAACUUGUACUGUUUCAGAAUCCAUUGUUUAUCUUCCAAGAUCAAGAAAUAAUGAUCUCCUUAGAACUUGUCGAACAAGCCAAUAAAAAAAAGGUUACUCAACUUGUUUGAGAUUAAGACGUAAUUGUAUAUUAUUUUUUCAAACUUUUUUAUGCUUAUAUCUUUUAUGCUAUAUGAAUAUGUCCGACAAUUAUAAAGUAGAUCUCUUUUUUUGUUUUUUUUU